AUGUCUGAAAGAACAACAAGAAAGAAGAACGCGACAGGAGAGAAAGACGUGGAAAGUAAUUCAAUCACGAGUAUGCUAGUAGGACCCCAAGGAGAACAAUCAAGAGUUCUCGGGGCAAAUCUUAAAGAAACAAGCACUCAAUCGGGCCAAGGAGAUUCGGUUAACACCAAGAAUCUCGGACCAAAUAAGAAUUCAGGAGACUCGGUGAAAACCAAUGAGAACUCAUCAAAGAAUCAAGGAGAUAUCGUUAGUAACGAUAAUCUCGAUUCAAUUCAAGGAAGUAAAAAUAGAGAAACUAAUAGCUCGAGAUCAACGACAAAUCCCAUAAUUAUAACAGAAGAUUUAGUUGAUGAUAGAAGCUCAGAGAAUUCGAACGAAUUAAAUGACUCUAAUUUAUUAGAUAUCAAUAAAGCCUUCAAACAAAUUCCAGUUACGAAAAGCUCACCAAAGAAGAAAUCCAAUCAAUCAAUCUUUAUUGAGAGAAGCAAUAGCGAAGGACAAUUGGUUAACCAAGUCUAUUUAGAUGCUUUGAGAAGUAAACCACCAAAUGUUGAAAACUUGACCGAUAAAGAUGCAGUUUUCAAAAAGGCGAUGAGCUUAACUAUGAAAGGAGACGGCUUUGGUGCAUCAAAAUACUUGAAAGUCUAUGAAUCGUUAAGUCUCUUAGGAACUAAUCGACCAUCUAACAAAAGAGCAACAUCCGCCAACCCGGUGUUAGAAGAAAACCGAACGGUGAAUGAAAGAUCGGAUGGUGGAGUGUUCAAAAACGGAAUGUGGUUCUUCCCAGAUUGGCAAAACAAAGCCAUGGGCUACCAUGUAAGAAAGAAAGCAAAGUCAGUAGAUGGAGAACUGAAAAGUGAUUCCUAUACGGGUCUUCCCUAUGGUGACGAAUGGUUAUUAGAUUACGGAGAGUGGAGUAUUCAUUACAAUGGAUACAUCACUGCUCUCAGGAAUGCCAAAUUCGUAAAAUUCGUGGAAUGGUCUUUAGCUCAUAAGGCGAAUGUGGAAAGAGUCUUAUCUUUAAUGGGUUGGAUGACAGCUUUGAAAUAUGACAUCAGGGUUAGAGAAGAAGCACUGAUUAAUAGAGUAGAAGUAGAUGGAUUAGUAGCACCACCAGAUAUCUCAGAAUUCAAUCAAGUAUUAGCCGAAGAAUGUUUCGGAGAAACGAGGUUAAGAGAUGAAUCUUUAUUUAAGAAAAAUCCUUAUGUUGAGGGAGGAGAAAGAUAUGGUUGGGACCCAGCGACGGGUAAACCACCUAAGAAAUCAGAUCAAUUUAAACAAAACAAGCCUUAUCAAAAAUGGAAUAACGAUCAACAAGCGAGUGGUAGUAAUUAUAAUGACUCGGCUAUAGUGAACAAGAAACCUUUCGAAAAGAAGAAAUUCGCGAGAGGCUAUCAAGGAAACAACUUUGAUGAGAAUUAUAAGGAAAAGAGAGCUGCAUCAGUUGCGAAUAAGAAUAGUCAACAAAACCCUACUCCUAAUAAGUAG